AUGACCUUCACUUCUUCCAUCUCCUGCGCCAACUCCUCGUCGCCGUCUUCAUCGCUCGACUCGAGUCUUCCACCUUCAAAGUCUAUGAGGCACAGGCUACCGUCUGUCUGCGCGACGGCAAAUCUGACGCAGCUCAAGAUCGUGUCGAAUCUUGCAGACCUGAGCCGAUGGCUCGGGAAGCCGUCGAACAGCGAUGAGGUCCAUUUCCAUGUACCCAAAUAUCUACUCAUGGCCAGCAGUGCCGUGUUGAAAGAUAUGCUCUCCCUUCCCGCCGGCAAUGAGUCCCAGAACGUCGAACUUUCCGACCGUUUUCUCGAAAACUCUUCGCCGAUUGCGUUCUAUCUUUCCUUGCUGGUUGGAGAGAAUGGGAAGGCUACUUUGGAAAAAAGACAUCAAGGGAAUAUUGUGAAAACAUGUCACGCUGCUAUACUCUUGGCGGUCAAAUGA